AUUAAAACAAGAUCGCGUCUCUUCUUCAAAAGCGGUCGAAGUCGUCGUAGAUUAAAACACAUCAAAAAAAAAAAAAGAAGAAAUAACUUGAACGUGUCGCUCACUCAAAAUACGAUGCGUAUGUUAUUAAAUUUAUGAUUUAAGUAAAUAAUAAUAGAGAAAAAUGUGUGUUUGAAAAAAAAAUCAAGUGAAUUAAACGCAACAAGCAACUCCUACUAAGCGGUGAUGACUUACAAAAAAAGAAAUUGGAGAAAUAUUUUAAUAAAUAAAUAACAAGUGUUUUGAAGAAAAUAGAAAAAAAAAUUGUUAAGUGAAUUUUUUUUAUUAUCAUUUGAGUCGUCGAUCAAAAAACAACCGAAAUUUUAUCAUUGCAGAUAAUAAAGGUGUCGCUUUAUUGAAACAAAUUCCUUCGAGAGAAUCCAGGAAGAUACAACAAGAAUGUACAACAAUUGAAUUACAAUGAGUUGAUUAAGUGACAAAUAGUGCAAAGUACCCAAAGAUGAUGUUAACAAGUGGAAUUUAAAUGAAUCAUAAAAGGAAGAAAAAAGUUCAAUAUACAAAAAAUUACAGUGCAUCGUUAAUAAAAAUAAGUUUUAAAAUACCUCCAAGAAGGUUUUUGAGAAAAAAUUAAAAGUCAAAUCUCUUCUACAUGAAAAAUUCAUAAAAAAUACAAAAAUGAUGAAAUUUGUAUUAAAAUCAACUGUGAUACACAAUUUAGCGUUAAUUUGGAUAUUUUUCGUACUAAUUAGCAGAGCUGCCACGGAUGAAGAAGCCAAUCUCCGUUCAAAGGCAGAAAAUUAUGGAACUCCGAUAACGGAUCCGCCAGCGACGGAAUUCACAGCUGAAGCUCGGGAGGAUUUUCGAAUACCGUGUCUUUGUUCGUCGCCGAUCACGUGGGUGACAAUCGACCCGGAUCAUCAUACAAUCGAUCACAAUUUGCAUGUCGAAUAUUCCGUUAAUGACACAAGUCGAUUUCCGUAUCAAGCGACGCUCGUUUUGCACGGUGUCAGUGUCGAUGAUGUGCAUUUUUAUUACUGCGUGCAAAACAGAUCCUUGCAGUUGGCGGAAAAUUUGGCAGAUAUCGAGAAUGAAGUGAAGCUUUUUAGAGGCAUUGAUGUUUAUUUGUUCGUGAAAGAUGAGGAACAUCCAUUGGUACCUUUGAGGAAUCCAGCGAUGAGUGUGAAACAAUAUGAGCCAUACACAAUUCCGUGUAAGCCAGCGCAUAGAGAUGUUGAAGUUGAAUUGAUUCGAUGGGAUCAAGAGCCAAGUAACGUAUUGAAUGCCGCAAAGUUCGAUCCCAAACUUGGUUUCACGGUAAAAUUUCGGGAGAUUCACGACAGCGCAUGGUACGCAUGCCGCGUCAAAGGUGUCGAAGAUGGCGAGGAACAUCCCUUUGAAAUAUCACUUUUGCCCACGUAUAAUGAACUGGAAGCGCGUACCGAGUACAUCACAUCGCCUCAAAUCAACAGCACAUCCGAAAGCGGCUUCGUCUACAUUGACAGUCCCAUUACGCUUUAUUGCUUCGUCGAAAUCAAAGCUGGAGUGAAAUACGACAUUUUAUGGUAUUUCAAAGGACGUCAAAUUUCGAAACAAGAUCAACAAAAAUAUGAAAUUUCCGACAUUUCGGAGCAUCCAUCACAAAAAGCCUUGUCGACAAUUGGAACGCGAUCUCUUACAAUUUUACAAGCAGCUCUCGAGGACUCGGGAAAUUAUCGUUGUUCAGUGCGGGAUCACAACAAUAACGAAAAUGAGCAUACCUAUACGGUUAAAGUGUUGGAAAAAGAUCAAUCUGAGUUGGAAUUACGAGCAUCACAAACAAAGUUAGAAACGCCCAAAGGAACAACAGUGACAAUUAUGUUCGAAUACACUUCGUAUCCGGAUGCUAAAUUUGAAAUAUAUAAAAAUGCGGAUCGUCUCAUACUUGAUGAUAAUUUCAAGUUGGAACCAAAUUACAAAGAACGUCGAGUCAUUUUUAAGAUUUUUAAUGCACAAAUUGAGAAUACAGCAAAUUAUACGUUAAGUGCAUCGAAUGGAGUUUUGACGAAAAAUUCAACUGUUCAAGUAUUUGUAACAGGUCCUCCAUUCAUCCAACUCGAGCCAGAAGUAAUUUACGCCAAACUCGGUCAAAAAAUCAUGUUACUCUGCAAAAGUAUCAGCUAUCCGCCAGCUACUUUCGAAUGGAGUUAUCGCAAAUGCGAAGUUAGUGAAUGGGAUCGCUGCAGUCUCACGCGCGGCGGCACCUGGGUAAGCAAUGAUUUACUAUUGGCCCUUUUGAAAAAUCACUCGAGCAUCCUCAAUAACAGUCGUGACACUUUUUCACUUACUAACAAUCCUAUAUUUACUUCCAACCUGAAGCCUAACACAAGCACAAUUGUCAGAAAUGCACGUUUCACUGACAAUACACAGUUUGAUACGAACGAAAGUCUUCGAGAUAUGGUCGAACGCGAGACCUCAGAACUGAUUUACAUGAAAACAGCAAAUCUGACAGCUUUCAUAAGAUUUCCGGGAGUUGCUCGAUGCAUCGCGGAGAAUCACGAGGGACCUCCAGAUACCAAAAGUGCCGUUAUUAUGGUUGGGCACAUGGAGAAACCGGCGAUGUUGUGGCGUCAAAAUGAAGGCGAAAUAAUUUCUGAAGAAGAUGACGUGAAACUCGAAUGCGGCGCCAUCAAAUAUAAUUAUUCGAAUCUCUUCCGAUGGCGACAUGCGGGAAAAUUUAUCACAAACGAGACGAACGAGUACGAUUUUGAGAAUAAUGACACGCAAUACGAAUAUCGCUCGGUUCUGACGAUAAAAAAUGCGGAUAUGGCGAAAAAAGGACAGUACAGUUGCAUCACUUAUAACAAAGCAACGGGCCAGCGCGCCAACGAAAUGACGUAUUUUGUCGAUGUAAAGAAGCGAAAACAGGCUAGAAUUACAGCGACGAAUUUGACGUCGUAUGAUAAUGUUGUCAGUUUGGGAGAUUCGGUGCAAUUGUUUUGUGAUGUUGAAGGAAUUCCGCCGCCCGAGAUCGAAUGGACCAAAGAUGGCGUGCUGUUGACGAAUGAAACGCUCAAUUUGUGGAUCGGAAAGGAAGGAGAUCGAUCAAUUUUGAGGAUAACUGCGGUAAAAGUCGAUCAUGAGGGAGAGUACAGAUGCAAAGUUGAGAAUAAAGAUGGAAUGGAUGCGCAAUCGACGAAGCUUGUGAUCAAAAAUCGUCCUUUCAAAUAUCUCCUUCACACAACAAUUGGCGUCUUCAUUUUCAUCCUUUUCCUCACAAUUUGCACAAUUUAUCUCUGCAUUCGUGUCAAGAAGGAAAAAGACAAAGUUGCUGCUUUGAAGAAAAUCGGUCUCUACCAAUUCGAGGAAGGCGACAUUGAUCGUCUCAAUCCCGAUUUGGAUCUCACGGAACAAGCUGAUCUCCUCCCGUACGAUCGUCGUUUCGAAUUUCCGCGCGACAAACUAAAACUCGGACAACAACUUGGCGCCGGAGCUUUCGGAGUUGUCGUCAAGGGAAUUGCCCAAGGCAUCAUUCCGUACGAAGAGGAAUCCACAGUUGCGGUUAAAAUGGUCAAAGCUAACACCGAUGACGAAAUUAUGCGAGCUCUUAUCUCCGAACUGAAGAUCAUGGUUCACUUGGGACAACAUUUGAACGUCGUGAAUUUGCUCGGAGCAGUUACGAAAAAUAUCGCGAGACGCGAAGUGAUGGUUAUUGUCGAAUAUUGUCGCUUUGGAAAUGUUCAAAAGUUUUUGCUGAAACAUCGCACGAGCUUUGUGGAUCAAAUUAAGAAGGAUACGGACGAAAUUGAUCCGACAAUUCUCGAAAAUGAGUAUCGAUGGUCAAAUAAUAGUGUUUACAAUAUCAGUACUGGUAGUCAUAAUAGUUGCGGUAAUGGUAAAUUGGGUGUUAAAUACAUGAAUGUUCGUUUUCCUAAUGAGUCCAAUUAUUAUAAUGUCACCUCCGAUAGAGCGAGCAAUUCGGGUUUCAAUCCAAGCGGGCAUAUUAACUCUCAAGGAUACGUUCGACAUUCAGGAUUUGCAGUUGAUAGUGCGAACACGGAAGCAACUCUCUUGUCACGAGGAGAUGAAAGUGAACGCCCUCUGAGCUCCGGAUACCAAAGCGAAUACCGCGGACCUGUUCGAAAUGUCACAACUUCUGAUCUCGUGUGUUGGUCUUUCCAAGUAGCACGCGGCAUGGAUUAUUUGGCAUCACGUAAAGUGCUUCAUGGCGAUUUAGCAGCUCGUAAUAUCCUCCUGUGCGACAAUAAUAUCGUGAAAAUAUGCGAUUUUGGUCUUGCUCGAUCCCUUUACAACAAUGAAAAUUACAAAAAGAACAAUGAAACGCCGUUGCCGUUCAAAUGGCUCGCCUUAGAAUCGCUCAGCGAUCAAGUUUUCAGUACUUACUCCGAUGUGUGGGCAUUUGGCGUCACAAUGUGGGAAUUUUUCUCGCUUGCACAAACCCCGUAUCCCGGAAUUGAUCCAAAUCGCGAUUUGUAUCUGAAACUAAUGGCGGGAUAUCGCAUGGAAAAGCCAAAAUAUGCGAAUCAGCGACUUUAUGACAUCAUGUUGAGCUGCUGGAAUCAAAAACCGGAGACAAGGCCUUUGUUUAAUCAGUUGGAGAAGCAGUUGAGUGCCCUGUUGGAAGAUGGAGUCAAAGAUCAUUACAUCGACUUGAACGAGCCUUACCUCCAAGCAAAUACGGAAUACUUAAAAUCCAAUCCGGAUUAUUUGGCGAUGUUGGGUCCCCCCGAUGAAAUGGCGCCUCCAAUUCCCUCCAUGAUUGCCACGCACGAAGAAUUCCAUCCGCCCAAUGUUGAGGCUCCUUCCGUUCCCGGCUACAUUAACAUGCAACCGAUGCAAGGAACUGCCAUUUACACUCCCAACGCCGUCGACGAAGAUGAAAAUGACGCAAGUCAACCACUCAAUAAGAAAACUAGUCCAGUACAAAAGCCGCCGCGCAAAAGUAAGGAACGUCAAAUUCGGAGCAGCGACGAUGACGGGCCCGGCGAAGAUAUUCCGAUGUUGGAAAAGAACCCGAAUAACAACAAAUUCGAGGGAAAUCACGAGGGCGGAUUGAUGCCGCGACAUCCGCGAGACACAAUCGAAAGUAAUCAGUAUGUGAAUGUGCCGUCGCAGAAGCAACAAGAUGCCUUCAGUAAUCCGAGUUAUGUCGUCGUGAACAACGUCAAUGAACGCAACUAGAAAUGAUCUCCCUCUCAAAUCGUCAAUUUUUGGGCAUUUUAGCACGAAGCAAGGCUUAAUUUACUAAACUACAUUAAAUCUUUACGUACAUCUAGCAUUUAAAUGGAGAAUAUUAAUUAUUUUGUAGAAAGUAUUGUUGUACAAUUUUUGUGUCUUUAAGGGGAUUUUGUCCCACAAAAAAAAAUAUUUCAUCGUUAAAACUUCGAUAUAGUAUAUAUUAUAUAUUUUUAUAAGUAUAUUUAAAGUAGAGAUAUUUAAAAAUUUUAAGAUAAAAGAGAUUUGUAUGAAA